UACCCGGAUAUAAGUGCUGAGCUGACAGGAAACUUUAGCACUUGUUGUUUGUAGUCACUGCGUUACUUGGACUUAUCUGUGUUUACGAUGGCUUCAGGUGUGGCACUUUCAGACGAAUGCCUUGACGUUUACCAAGAUCUGCAGGGGUCGAAAAAGAAGUACCGUUACAUCAUCUAUAAACUGAACGACGAUUUCAGUGAAAUAGUGGUGGACACCACAAAACCAAGAGAAGAAGGAGGCGUGACAGAAGCCUAUGAAGAAUUUUGUAGCAAACUCUUUGAAGCUGCCGAGAAUCGUCAAGGUCGAUAUGGUGUGUUCGAUAUCCAUUACAAUGUUGACACCCGCGAGUUGGACAAAGUAGUUUUCUUCACGUGGGUCGCCGACACUCUUCCCAUUAAACAGAAGAUGUUGUACGCCAGCAGUGCCAAGGCACUUAGAGGAAAGAUGACCGGAGUCCACACCGAAAUCCAAUGUAAUGACGCAUCCGACCUAAAAUUAGAAAGCGUCAUCGCCAAGUGUCGCCAGAAGAGUUACGAAUGAUCAAUUUAGAACAGUAGUGACUUUCUGUUAUAUUAAUUAAAACACAAUUUAUUUUUGACAAUAUUCUUUGCUACUGUAAUAGAAUUUUAUUGCAUUAUACACAUUUCUUUGGUAAUGUGACCAACAAAAAGUUGAGAACGUGGUCGUUUUCACAACACCUAUCGGUCUCAAUCCAUUUUUUUUGUACUAGAUGGGUGUAUUCACAAUUAGAAAUAAAACGAAGUUGGAGCAAAACACUUUUCAUUGAAAAUAAAUUCUUGUUUUUGAAA